CCUCGGAUAAUACACUUCAUAACCUGUUAACCUACCCGCCGCUCGAUUAUCCCUCCACUACGCAGUGUAUCUUUUCGCCCCAAAUUUGAAGUUCAAAGACCAUCAAGAAACAAGGCAGAGCGGAAAAUGUUCGGAAGCUUCAGCCAAUUCGACUCCGCCGCCGCCUUCUCCGGCGGAGGUUUUGUUGCAUCCCAGUCCACGCAGGGCCAAGGCUCCGACACAUCUCUUUCAUCCGCCAAGACUCGCGAUCAAACGCCUCUGCUUCCACUGACAAUGAAGCAAAUCAGCCAGGCAGUUAAAUCGAGCAACGACAAGUCAAGUUUCCAGAUUGAUGGCAUCGAUGUUGGAAAUGUGAGAGUGGUGGGGAUGGCAUUCAAGAAAUCCCAGAGGGUCACUGAUGUAACGUUUAAGAUUGAUGAUGGAACUGGUAGCAUGGAAUGCAAUAGAUGGUUAAAUGAUGCUGUGGACAACAAUGAAGUAGAAGGAGUAUCGGAUGGGAUGUACGUUGUUGUCCAUGGGCACUUGAAAAGCUUUCAGGAUAAGAUGCUGAUUAUGAGCUUCGCAAUAAGGCCUGUAACUGACUAUAACAUGAUUGCACACCACUUUCUUGAAUGUAUCUAUGUUCAUCAUUGCAAUACAAAGUCAAAGGGUAACCUCUCCAUCCAGAAUCCAUCCAAUGGGCUUUCACAUGUGAACACUCCAUUAAUUGGACAAAAUUCCACCUCCACUGACCAAUUAUCUGGACAGUACGCAGUGGAUGGGCUCAAGGAUAUUGAAAAAAUGGUGAUGGAUUUUUUGCACCAGCCUUCAUCAAUUGCACAGGAAAAGGGAAUACACCGUGAUGAGAUUGCAGAACAGCUUAAAGUCCGGAUUGAGACUGAACAACGGCGCAAAGUGCCUGUGGCUAAGAUUUUGGAAGCAAUUGUGUCUCUUGAAGCAGAAGGUCUUGUUUACUCAACAAUUGACGAAUACCACUUUAAGUCUACUAGUGCAUGAAGCUCAGUAUCAAAGUAGACAUCAGAAUGCUCUUGUUUGAGAAUUAAAUUAUGAAGCCAAAGUACUUGUCGACUAGAUGAUCUUUUCUAAUUGUUUUCAGUUCUCUUAGCAGUAGUGGACUUAUGGAUUACUAAUAUUAUUACUGUAAAGAAGUAUUACUACGAGGAAGGUUUAGCCAGAGUGUGUAGGCCUAGUGGCUUAUCUAGAAGGCUAGAAUUGCUCAAACAUGGAAGCAACAUUUAUACAUGAGCAGUAUCUUUCUCAUACAUUUCAACUUAUUUCUAGUUAUUUGUU